UGGCCCGGCGUCGGCGUGACGGUUGGACGCGGGCGCGGCACUGCGGGUCCCGAUUGCUGCAGCCGCUUGUCAGUGUGAUGAAGAUUGGCACCCAGGUGCUGGGUGUUAGAGUGGGACGUGUCUUGUGGAGGACUCGGCUCAUCUCCAUGUGUACCCCCUGUACCCUGAUGAUGACCAAGUGAUUCCAGCCCAGGCUCCUCUGCUCAGUUUCCGGGAAGGUAUCUUGAGACCCGUCUACAGCCUGAGAUGUCCUGCUUUGUCUCCCUCCCAAGCCACGGAGCUGUUCUUAGCUGUUUGCUCACCUCGGGACCCACGGCUCUGUUCUUCCAGGUGCUCAGACACCAUUCGCUUCUCACUCAAGAUGAUCUGAUGUCUGAAGUGAACUCUCAUCAACCAUGAUGGCUACACAGACGCUAAGUAUAGACAGCUAUCAAGAUGGACAACAAAUGCAGGUGGUCACUGAGUUGAAAACAGAGCAGGAUCCCAACUGCUCUGACCCGGAUGCAGAAGGAGUGAGUCCUCCUCCCAUCGAGUCUCAGACCCCGAUGGAUGCCGACAAGCAGGCCAUUUAUAGGCACCCGCUAUUUCCAUUGCUAGCUUUGCUGUUUGAGAAGUGUGAGCAGUCCACACAGGGAUCAGAAGGCACGACGUCCGCCAGCUUCGAUGUGGACAUUGAGAACUUUGUCAGGAAGCAAGAAAAGGAUGGGAAGCCCUUCUUCUGUGAAGAUCCGGAAACAGACAACUUAAUGGUGAAAGCAAUCCAGGUCCUGCGCAUUCAUCUUCUUGAACUGGAGAAAGUGAACGAGCUCUGUAAAGACUUCUGUAGUCGGUACAUUGCCUGUCUGAAGACAAAAAUGAACAGCGAGACCCUGCUGAGUGGGGAGCCUGGAAGUCCGUACUCCCCAGUGCAGUCCCAGCAGAUUCAAAGCGCCAUCACAGGCACUCUCAGCCCCCAGGGAAUCGUGGUGCCAGCGUCAGCCCUGCAACAGGGGAAUGUAACCAUGGCAACAGUGGCAGGUGGCACAGUGUACCAGCCUGUCACCGUCGUCACUCCACAAGGCCAAGUGGUCACGCAGGCACUGUCUCCCGGGACGAUUCGGAUCCAGAACUCGCAGCUUCAGUUGCAGUUGAACCAGGAUCUCAGCAUCUUGCAUCAAGAGGACGGCUCCUCCAAGAACAAGAGGGGCGUCCUGCCGAAGCACGCCACCAACGUGAUGCGUUCCUGGCUCUUCCAGCACAUAGGGCAUCCCUACCCCACCGAGGAUGAGAAGAAGCAGAUUGCUGCUCAGACAAACUUGACACUGCUUCAAGUCAACAACUGGUUCAUCAAUGCCCGAAGACGGAUUCUCCAGCCAAUGCUGGAUUCCAGCUGUUCAGAGACUGCAAAAACAAAGAAGAAGCCUGCUCAGAACAGGCCAGUCCAGAGGUUUUGGCCGGAUUCUCUUGCAUCAGGAGUGGCACAAGCAACACCCGGAGAGCUCGCCAUGUCGGAAGGUGCCGUUGUGACCAUCACCACACCUGUAAACAUGAAUGUGGACAGCCUUCAGUCCCUGUCCUCAGACGGGGCCACCCUGGCGGUACAGCAGGUCAUGAUGGCGGGGCAGAGUGAGGACGAGUCGGUGGAUAGCACAGAAGAUGAGGGCGGCGCCCUGGCGCCCACACACAUCAGCGGGCUGGUGCUGGAGAACAGCGACUCCCUUCAGUAGGAACGGAGUGGAACGGCCAGUGUGGAGCUGGGACGCCGGACUCUUUACCGUUUGCACAGCAAACAUUUUACAGUUUUCUUUGUAACAUGUUUUAUAUGUAGAUAUAGAAGAGUGCACUUUUGUAUCUCACAGCUUCAAGACGUCUUCGCUGGUGCAGCAGCUUCCUUCAGAUGUGUGUGUAUGGGUUUUUAAUGCUAGAAACGUGAUGAGUGGCCCCUGCCCCUUGAGUCCCUGACGAGAUUAAGGAACAGUGCUGCCAUUUUCUAAAAAAUUAUGCAGUUGCAAUUGAGUUCUGUGGUUUACAGCAGGUCUGGGGGCUGCUGCCAGUGUCGCCCACGGGUCUGAAAGAUGACCUGCACGCGGGCUGCAGAGCGAGAGGACGCUGGCCCUGGUGGGCGGUGAGUGCUCACAACACACUUCAGUUCUCUCGGGCAGCAUUCGCCUGUUUCAUUUGCUAUAUAGAAAAAGAAACUCCUAUUUUUACCUUGCUGGGAUUAUUGGAUAAAAAGCUAUUUUUAUAAAUCAGUUAUUAAUUGGAUUAUGACUAUAUUGAGGAUAAAUUUCUAGAGAAGCAACAGCACACGCUUGUCUUUCUACUUGGAAAGUUGUGAAAGGCAGCCACCCAUGCAUGGCCUCCUGCUCCCUGCGGAAGAGGAGGAGGCUCACCUUAGCUGCUAAAAGGGAACAACUGUCACGUGAGCUUUGAUAUCUCCAGUUUCUGUUCAUAUAUGAUGUGCAGAUUGCGUUUUACACUCGCUGUAGCAACUUACAGAGCGUGCUAGCAUCUCACAGAGUGUGCUAGCAUCUCACAGAGUGUGCUAGCAUCUUACAAAGUGUGCUAGCAUCUGACAGAGUGUGCUAGCAUCUUACAGAGUGUGCUCUGUAGGACGUACGGUUAGUGAGGGCUCUGCCGUGCCUCGUCUGACUGCAGUUACGUGGCUGCCGCCUGGCCGUGUUAACUGGGUGGUAAUUUUAGAUUUUUUUUUUUUUAGUUAAAACCCGUUAUACAUAGAAUGUUUAUUAUAAACUAAUAUAAAGUGUGCUCUACACCACUGGCUCAGAGCUGGGGUAAACAGCAAACCCCUAAACUGUCCUUCUGACUGGCAGACACCUAGAAGUUAGAACUGUGGAGGUGCCAUGGUGGUGGGCCACUGGUGGCUCUCACUGCCACUCCCCUCCUGGGUCCUCCCCUCUCCGUUCCCACUCCAGCUUCAGGACAGUUUGGGGACUUCAUUUCCCAGUGUCAAGGCAGAGCAGACUGUAGGCUGAGGUCUGGUUUGAUUCAUUUUGGUUUACUUGGGAAGCUUUCUCUUAGGAAACAAGUGCCCGCUUCAUGCUGAGCGUCUGUUUCCACAGCGCUGAGGCCCACCUGCUGAAAGGGAACCGCUGUGCCUUGGGCCCCAUGGGUGGUAAUUGCUUAUGGACCAAGGUUACCCUAGGGGGAGCUCGUUAGCCAAUUCACACUCUUCUGGAACACUUCACCAUCCCCCCAAAUGUCUUGAUUCUCUUCAGCCAUUGGGCACACCUGGACAGCCAAGUAGUCAGCACGAAAAGUGGGGGCUCCUGUAGAACCACUUACGGUGCCUCCACUACAAGAAAAAGAAAACAGCAAACUAAACAAAACCUAAAAGCUCCCAGCAGCUCCUUAGAGGAGAGAAGGACAUCUUAAGCAGCCCUUCUGCUCCCUAUUCACGACUGCUUUAGAAUUUAAGUCGGGCGCACGGAAGCCUCCCGGUCAGCUGGCUACACUGGGUUUAGAGCAGAGGUACAUCACCCUGCGAGCCCUGAGAGGUCUCACUCCCCUCCGCAAAGGAUGCACAGCCCCUGCCGUCCCGCCUCUGUGCCAGCUAGUGGCUGCUCUAGCUGGGAUUUGAGCACCAUGACUCUUGUGUCCUUCCCAGUUGAGAUCAUCUUCCCUAAGCACUGAACUCUCACCUGCUAACCCCAGAGGAAACCAUGAAGAUCAUAAGAGAGCCUGGGCAUGGUGACACACUCCUGUUAUCCCAACACUCAGGAGCCUGAGACAGGAGGUAAGCCUGGGCUAUUUAACUUGACCCUGUCUAAAAAAAAAAGGGUUGUAAAAGAGCUGGCACAGGGUCGUAUCCUUCCACCUCCCCAUGCAUAGAGAUGCUUUAAAGUGAGUCCCGUGAGGCAAGCCUUGCUGGUUCAUAGAGUUCCUGCCCAGCAGACUUGUCUGCCCGUUGCACCUUUUCAAGACACCUGAUUACUGGGCAUUGUGGCAUUUGCCUGUAUACAAGCACUUAGGAAGCUGAAGCAGGAGGAUUACUGCGAGGUUGAAUCUGCCUCUGGUGCCUAGGGAAACCCUGUCUCACAAAACCGAGCAAAAUUCCUGCUCUCCUUUCCCCUGGCCAGUGGAGAAAACCUGAAAGUACAUCUCCUUUGAGCUUUGUUUAAAUGGCCGGAUUCUAGCAUUCGUUCCCGUUAAAGUUCUCCCUAACAUUGGAGCCCUUUGAAUGUCUUCUGAGACCUACAGUCAACCCGUGUCAUACCUGCUGUUUGGCUGCCUAGCAGAAAAUCUAGACUGGUUGACCCACCCAUCUGGUGGGCUCCGGUUUUCUGCUUUCUUGAGUCCAGAUUGUCGAAUAGAAGUGUAUAUGCAAUAUGCACCGUGACCCUUCCCGCUAGGGCUGAUGGGCCACUGUGUAGCCUGCUGUGUGGCCGGCGCACCUGUGGGGGCUGCGGGAGACUUGCUCCUCCCCCAUGGCUGGCAGGGAACGCCCAUCCCGCAGGCCCCUCCCACAGGUAGUGCCGGAACCCGCAGGCUGCCUUCUUCAGUUAAGUUCGGUCUUUGAAACUGACAAUCUUUAAAAUGUGAAUACUGUAACAAUAUGUUUUCUUGGAUUGUUGUCUUUAAAAGGAUUUUUUGUGAAGCAACUGAUUUAUCAAAGAAAAAAAAAUUAAAACCAGAAACACGC